GGUGGGGAUGUUUACAUUAGCAGUGGCUUCAUGACAUUUGUGAAACGAAUGGAUGGGAACACAGACAGUCUCCUAUCAUUUGGAGAGAACUGUUGGACCGUGGAGGGAAAGGUCUGCUUUUGGGAGGAGUUAAUGAUUUUCUGGAAUAUGCUCAGCACUACUAUGGCAUCACCUCAAUGAUGCUGAGUGAGGAAAUGUCAGACAUAGCUGAGGAAAACCUGCAGGCGCAUAUUGAAACUGAAGAAGAGGAGGAAGAGAUUAAAAGUCUUAUCAGGCCUUUGCAGAUCUGGAUCACCAGUGCAUCAGCUCCAAUCUGUUAUCAGCUGAUCCCUCUGUUGGCAAGUGGAGAAGUGUUUGGGAUGACCACAGAAAUCAGUAUCCAUUUGCUUGACACCCACCAGUUUAAGGAAGUUCUUUGUGGUAUUGUAAUGGAAGCUGAAGACAUGGCAUUCCCACUCCUCUACAGUAUUUCAGAGCACACUGAAAUAGAUGAGGCUUUUAUUCAAGCUGAUAUUAUCAUUGUUCUUGAUGAUGUCCUCUUAAACCAUGAAGUCCAGUCCCUUGAGAACUACAUCAGAGAAGUGAGUGAAAUUUGUCAAGUGUAUGCUCCCCUGAUUGAGAAGAAUGCCAAGAGUGAGGUCAGAGUAAUUUCAUCAGGAAAAACCUUUGUAAACCUCAAGGCAAUGAUGAUUAUGACAUACGGCCCAUCCAUUAAGCCUGCAAAUGUCAUUGCUGUUGCAACGCCCUGGGAACAUGCAGCUAGAGCCAUGCUGGCCAGGAAGCUGAAUAUGAACACGGCAGGAGUUAAAGACGUGAUUGUUUGGGGCAAUAUUACUGGCUGCAACUACAUUGAUUUGUCACAUGCAAAACUUUAUGGAUAUGACUGGGCUAUUUGGGGCCCAGCUAAUUUUCCAUGUCCUUUGUUGAAUGUGAUUUAUGAUAGUGAGUGGAUCCAUUCAGCAUUUCUAUCUGCACAGUCUUCACUGAGUUCCCGGGUCUGUCACAGUGUAGGAAUGUUACCUGCUCAUGGGGUAGCCACUGUACUGAGACACUGGUAUCAUGGCUCUCCUCCUGGGGAGAUCAUUUCUGUGGGAAUACUAACUGAAGGUCAAUUUUGUGUUCCUGAAGGAAUUGUCUUCUCUAUGCCAGUGAGAUUCCAGAAUGGUAACUGGGAAGUUGUGACAGAAUUAGAAAUUAAUGAAACUACCCAGGAAGUUCUGGGACGCUUAGCCCAUGAGCUGAUUCAGGAAAAGCUCAUUGCACUAAAGGAAAUAAAAGAAAUGCAUCCAUAUGGAGCUGAUAAAAUCACUAGUAAAAAUUAUUUGCAUCAAGAGAUGGAAACCUUGCCUACUGGCUCACUUUAGCCAGAGUUGUCUGGAGGAGAAAAUGCUGAAAAUCCCCAUACUAAAAAAAUGUUUCCAUUGCUCAAAAGAGCUAAUCUACAAAGAAAGGCUAAACAUCGUCAUAGCUUUUAGAGUAUCUUCCUCAUCAAAAACAUGGAAAUCUGCAGGCAGAAAAAGAUUUCAAAAACAGUGUGAAUAUAAUAAUCUGGAGCAAAAUUCCUACUGACUUCAAUGAGUCCAGAAUUUCACUUACAUCCAACAACUUAUUUCUUCAGACCAAUAAACUGUUUCAAGAACAUUGUUUAAUGUCUAAAACAUUCAUACUAUGACAAUUUUGAGCAAGAUUGUCACACAUAGAGUAGCAGUUUCAUAACUCCAAAUUCUUGUUUCAGAUGUCAUAAACCAGUACUUGUAUAAGAAUAUAUAUUCUUAGGCAAAAUUGAUUUUUAACACAAAAAUUAGGUAAAAUUGAUUUUUAAUACAAAAAUUUAAGUGCAUACAUCUCCUUAGUGACAAGAUCAUUUUUGUCUCCAUGUUGUUUUUUUUUAUUUCAUGAGUUUCAUAGAGACUACUCAUACAUUUUAAGUCAAACAUGCAGUUAAGUCCUUGCCUAAAGAGGAUUAUUGAGGAACAACUUUCAAUUGCAUAUCUUUGGUGUCUUAAAAGAUGGAGAAUGUAUAAAAUGAAGUAUUAUUGUACUUUCUAACUUUUUACCAAAUUGAGUGUUUAAAGCAAAAUAAAGUUUCCUGUUUGAAUCAGAUACAUAUAGCUGGAAUAAAUUAAUUCUUUCCAUUCAAGUGGAAGUUCGAACUCUGAACAGGUGUAGACUGCUUCUUACAUGAGGAAACCAUGUUUAUCAGUUCUUAUCAGCUGAUAAGACAGAAUGAGGAGGGGUGCCUCACUGGUCUUAGGAGCUCAGAAAGUGGAGGUAUCACAAGAGAGUUGGAAGAGUUUAGUUUCUCAUGUGAAAUGUAUAUGGGAGAAGCAACAGUUACAGGAACUGAAGAUACUGUUACAAGUAUCUCCAUGGAAGAGUUCACAUGGGAGUUGUAGAGGCAGGUGUUGUAAAAAGUCUUGAAGAAUGUGGUUAGGAAUCAUUCAUUUCAUGAGGAAGUGCUCUCCAGGGAAUUAGUUUCUAGUAGCUUAUGCACAGAAAAUUGGCUGAGUCUCUUGAGGAGCAUCUGGAGGCAGAUGUCUCAGGAGAGCAUAUCAAGGAAGGAUGCUACCAG